AGUUCUCGGCCAGAUUCCUCGGGAAACGGACGGCCCGUCACGUCACAUCACAACGUACCAUAUGUUCGCAGUUCACCAUCUACGGAAAGCAGAACAGAGUAACGCCCAGGCAGAGCCAGCAUACAGAUAAAAUAACAGUACAGAAUCGGUCUGUGAGAUAUCCACUGAGGAAAUUCGGGACACAACAGUGAAAAGGAAAGAAGAUUAAGGGCUGACGUCCUAUCGGUGACGAGUUUCAGGUGGAGCAACACUGUCAGGAAGAUUGAUUGAGUUUUCUGCCUUGUUAAGGAAUUUGGAAACUGGCUGUCACAUUACUCAACUGCCGAAAAAGUAACUCGAAAGACAUGGCACACACCAACCCAACAGUCUCUCUUCGUGAUAAUGGUGAUCGAUGGACGUGAGUCACCGAUUAGCAACGGAUGGUGACUUUCGGCGAUUCUCGCGGCGGCGAGGGGAAAUGUUUCCCCUGGUGACGGCCGUGCUGGUGGCGCUGGCGGCUUGGCCGGCUGGCGCUGCUGCCGGCUACGUGCACCCCGUCAACUGCCUGUGCCGGCCGGCUCCCUCCAGCCCGCAGACGGCUUUCUGCAGCCACGGCGGCCUCUCCAGGGUCCCGCGCUGCGUCGCCUCCGACGUCGCCGAUCUGCACCUCGCCUACCCGCUGGUGCACUCCGUGCUGCCGGACGUCUUCGUCGGCAACGAAUUCUACAAGCUUCAAGUGGUUCUCCUCGACCACAACCGGGUGCGUUUUCUGCUGGGUGACGAAUUCAGAGAGACGCCCAGUUUGUCCGCAGUGGACCUGUCGCACAACAUACUGGAGGGUCCGCUGCCAGUUGACCUCUUCACGAAGAACAGCGUCAUGCACCAUCUGGACUUGAGCCACAAUCUGGGACUGGGGAUAGUCCCUGACAACACCAGCAGCGCUGCCUUAGUGACCAGCGCCACGCUCCGGUCCCUGGAUCUCAGCCACUGUGGACUCGUCGACCUGUCCACUGACACUCCAGCCCUCCAGCGGCUCACCGCCUCCUGGAACUCUAUUGAAGAACUUCUGCCGGAAACUUUCGCCUCCAUGCCGCAACUCGUUGCAAUAGAUCUGUCUCACAACGUACUUCGCUCGCUGGCGAAUGAGACAUUUAAGGAUUUGACAGCGUUGUCGGAUCUCAACUUGUCGUACAAUCUGCUGGAAGGCCAACUGCCGGGAGAUCUUCUAACGUCUUGCACCGAGGUGCGUCACCUCGAUCUGAGCCACAACACCCGUUGGGGCGCGAGUAUUGAGGGCGACGAGUUGCCACUCGUGUCCAGCAGCAGCCUCCUGUCGGUGGACGUCACCCACUGCGGCCUGGUCCGGCUCUCCCUCGACACACCCGCCAUCCAACGUCUGAACGCCUCCUUCAAUUCUAUAAGUGAAGUGCACGAUGUGACGUUUCGCGCAAUGCGCAACCUGUCAGUACUGGACCUGUCGUACAAUAAACUAAAGACCUUCAGUCUAUCGCCCCCGAGUAUCCGCGUCUUGAACCUGUCCAAUAACGCUAUCGAAAACUUGGACCAAGACACCUUCGGAGAAAUGCCACAGCUCUCAGUGUUGGACUUAUCUUCCAACAAGAUAACAGCUAUCAGUUCCGUAAUCCUGCCCGAAAUACACUUUUUAAAUAUGUCUGGCAAUGGUCUGACGUUUUUUACCGACUCCGUGAUAAGUGAAAAUGCUUCUAAAAUGAUUCUGGAUCUGAGUUACAAUAAGUUAACAGAGGUUGCGAUAUCUUUAGAUUAUGAAGAACUACUAUUAGGUGAAAAUCCGUUCAUUUGUUCAUGCAAAAUGCUAAAAGAAAUAGGGAAGUGGCUCCGACGGACAGCCGACAACAAAAGUAGAAGAUGCUGGGAACCGAAGGCGUUGAGAGGACUUCUUUGGACACAUUUUCUUACUAAUCAGUAUUGUAUGUAUCUCGAAAGACAUAUUCCAGAAACUGCUACUUCGUCCAGUGAAUACACUAAUUCCUCUACCAUUAACGUUACAACUGCAGCCGACACAACGCCUUCGUCUCUUACCAGCCAAGUAGUUCAUCAGGAGGAGAUGAAGGCCUCGGAGGAAGACGUCGAGGAGGGCAUGAGCGCGUACAACGCGACGAUGGUGGCGCUGGUGGUGUGGGGCCUGGUGGCGUACCCGUGCGUGGUGGCGCUGCGGCGCGCCUCUCGCUCGCUCUGCCACUGCGUGAAGCGCCACCGCUCCAGCGUCGCCCCGUGCGUCGCCAGGUGCGACGAGGACGGCGGUGGGGCCGCCGCCGCCGGCGGCGGCGGCGGCCCGUCGCUGCGGCCUGCACAGCCCUCGGGGCGGCGAACGCCGCUGCCCUCGCCGCCCCCGCGGCCCACCUCCCUCGCGCUGUCCCCGCAGGCUCCUCCCACGCUGCGGCUCCCGCCACCCCCGACGCCACAGAGACCGACGCCGCCCUCGGGCUACGACGUGCUGCAGUUCGAGGCGCCGCGCUUCCGCACGCCGCUGCCGCACUACCAGCAGGUCGUCACGCCGACGCCGACGCCGACGCCGACGCCGACGCCGACGCCGACGCCCACGUCAGAAGACUGCUCCGAGACGCAGCCGCUGUGCUUCGAGCUCAGCGAGCGCGCGCCGCCCAACGUCUACGUGCGAGACCCAGUGCAGCCGCGUAUCCCCGAAAGGGUGGAUGAGCCGGUCUACGCCGAGAUUUACGAUGUCGUGCGCACUGAUGUUGCCCGAGGCUUCCGUGGCAAUCCUAGUGUCUAAUCUGCCGUCUCUGCCACUCUCUGUGAGCUGCCUUAUUUGAAACUUCUUCUUUAUCCUCCAUCCAAAUACCAAACCUGUGCAUUAUUUAACUUUCAUAAAGUAUUACCCUAAAAAUAAGCUAUUCUUGCUCUCAAUUUCAUUAGACUUUUCCCAACUAAAUGAAAAUAAAACGAAGUCCUCGUCAUCCUAGGCAGUACCAUUACAAUUCUCCGGCUUGUCGUGAUGUGUCAAAUGAGCAAAUUCCUUUUCUUUCGCUCAUUAUCCCCUUCGACGUUUUGCAGAUAGCCGCGCUGUCUAAAGCACCUGGCACGGUCCGUGGGUCUCCCCCUGUCGGAGGUUCGAGUCCUCCCUCGGGCGUGGGUGUGUGUGUUGUCCUUAGCGUAUGUUAGUUUAAGUUAGACUAAGUAGUGCGUAAUCUUACCACAAAUUUCCAAAAUUUUUGCAGAUAUUUCACUUCCGUUGUUAAAAAAGAGUAUGCCAUAUUUUAGAGGUGGUAGUACAGACGAAAACAGGAAAAAAGUCGACUAAACAUGGCAUCUAAAAUGUAUCCCUUAAGAGCUGCGAGCACUCGUUCAUCUUCGCUGCUGUAAAACACAUCUCUCUAUUACAAGUUCUUUUCUAUUAGGAAGCACCUACAGAAUUCAAUAAACAAAUUAGGACCCAUUCCUCUUUUCUUGGCCAUGGAUACAGCUUGAAGUAAAAACAUGCAGCUGUACACUGUAUUCAGAAUUCAAGAUAACUGCAGCGCAUAAAUUUUCAGAUGAAAUCAGAUUUUGUUUUGAUCUGUAUGUGAAAUACUUUAACACUGUAAUUUUAUCUUUGCACAUAUCAGCAUAGAGGAUGUUUUUUUGGCGUACAAGAUGCGAGCUCGACGGUUGCUUCCAGUAUACCAUAUUUGCCUUUGUCUGUGCGCAAUAAUUGGCUGGAAAGUGCAAAUAUAAUACUGCAAUGUAAAAGCAUUUCAAAAAUAUAUCACAGUUCCAUUACAACUUACAUAGCCCUGUGUGCUGCACUUACCCAAAUCUGUGAACCAUAGUGAAUACAGUUUACAGGAACAACACUAACAGGUGUUUACUGUACGAUGUAUCAAUGGAAUGUGUCCUCAUUUAUUUGCUAGAUUUUAUAGAUCGUUUGCAAUAUAAAGAGCUUACAGCAAACGAGAUGUUUUUCAGCAGCGGAUUAAACAAGUGCUCACAGUUCUUAAGGAAAAGAUUUAAGAGCCUAUGUUUAGCACCAAUUUUAAUCUUGUUUUGGUUUUAUACCAUGAAUACUUUAUUCAUUUCUUCUCAGCAUUUUCUAAGCUCUCAUACCAUAUGACGAUAUGGAUUACUGUUUUGAAGUCUGUGAAUGACAGACAGAUAUGCUGGUUUUCCUUCGUUAUCCCUUCUAAGGGCAAAGCCACCAUAUUUGCUCUGUCCGAACUAACAUAACAUUCUAACGCUACGUUUUCGUAUAUUAUUCCUAUCUUCGUCUACUCACUAGUUUGAAAAUGUGAGAUAUCAGAUUAAUAUUGUAUCUGUUCCUCUUCAAUAGAGCAGUGAUGAAGUCUUCCUCACAAACUUUGGACAUGAGAGCAGUUGAAACGAACUCCAUGAUGAGAGACUGAAGACCACGGUUGCUCUGACACGCUGCUCUGUCAGCCUGUGCUGACAGAGUUUACUUUGUGCCGCAUGGAAGGGCCUGCAGCCACUCAACACUAGUCCAGUCGUUUUCAGCUUACCUGUCUUGGAGCCGCUACUUUCAAAUUCAAUUACCUCAACAUCUGGCCUCACAAGGCUGAAUCAUGCAGUUAAGUUUGCAUCCAAAUCAGAUCCCCACCUAUAGUACUAACUCCUUAUUAGUUCUUGCUAACUUGCCAGAACUUCUUCUUUUGUCAAUAUCUGCCUAAAUUAUUUCAUUUAACUUUGUGGCCGAAUGCCCUUCCAGGCCACACAGUAGUAGUAGGAAGGUUCUGCGCCACCCCCAUGUGAAUUGUGGAAGCUGUGUUGUCGUGUAUUAGCUGUGUGUUUAUCACAUCUUCUAAAGCGGAAAUUGAGAUUUUACCUAAACGAGCGUGGAAAACCGCCUAAAUUCACAUCAGGCUGAGCUGCGUAUCAGAGUUUGUGACACUUGCACGGAGUACCACUUGCGUGCAAAUGGAACACUUCAAAUACUUCUUGCUUUCACAUUCUUGCGUUCUCCAACUCACAACCGAACAGUUACAUUUCAACAUAACCUAGACAUAGGGCUGAGCUACAGAUCAAUCCGUCACGACCCUGAAUGCUUUCAGGUUAGUUACUUCUGUCAACUCACAAAAGGGGAUUACAUGGGAAAAGAGGCUUAUGGCAGCAAGAGCCCCAGGCACCGCAGAAGUGACACUCCGCGGAAGUGUUCCAAACUUGUACCAGACUAACGGCUAUUUGAUCAUUUUUCCUUCAUGUGGAGUCACAGUCUUAUACUAAACUUAGGGAAGGGCCUUUUAUUAGCCGCGUGGAUUGUAUCCGGGGCACACUCAUCUCCCUGUUAUUUGAUUUCGAUAUUCACCCAUGGAAAUACGCACAUGCACAUGUUCUUCACAAGUGCUUUAUUCCAUAGCCUUAUUAGCGCAGUCUGUGUGGCGCUAAAUCGUACUCUCUGCGCUACAAGCACCGACUGACUCUCACAUUAUUUCAGUAUCUUGCACUUAUCAUCAUUUUCGUAGUACAUAAUGAUGUAUGUUUAAAGAAUUACGGUUGUGGAGAGGUAAUGGCAGGUCAGCAUUUCCUCACAUUUCUUACUGCGAUGAGGCAGUAUUCCGCCUACCACGCAGGGACAGAAUGCAACCAGUGCCCUCGAAGUCGUCAAUUCUGCAGACAAGGUUCAUUUUCUGUGAACAACUACAGUGUGAGUAUGCAAAGUAGCUUCGUUUAAAUACGCUCUGUCUCUAGUACUGAAUGCCACUCUGAAUAGAACUUGAGACACAGUUAUUGGCACCGCAUCUAAAUACAGGAUUUUAUUAGGGAUCCUUGUCUAAUCUCCUCGUAAAAAGGUAUGAAAACUGUAAUUACCUGGUGUAUCGCAGAAAGAACCGUCCACUGCGAAUAAAAUGUUUCCUUUGUCAACAGCUAUGGACAGUACCAGUGCACUAUCAAAAAUGGUUUGUUUUAGUUUAUAUAUUUGCACACCUAAAAUAAGUGUUUCUCAAAGAAACCAGACUGCUUUAUUAGACUUAUGUAGUGUUUGAUACCUAUUUUACUGUUUGCACUCCAGUAUAAAAUAAGAUGGAGGAUUGUCUGUACAGUGCAUCACUGUUUAAUGUAUUUAUAACUGUAAUAAAUUUUUCGUAUUUAUACCACCAA